AUGGAUCUUAUUUAUCCUUGCAGACCUCUUUUACUAGAGAUAAUUGUAGCAAGACACAGCUGUGCGUUUCUCAGCCCUCUGGCUGCGACCCCUCCAGUGGGACAUGUUUCUUCCUUGGUAGCCAAGCGCUGGGAGGGAGUCAAUGACACAACCUACAUCUGUGCAAAUGACAACAAUGUACUCAAAUACAUAAGUGCUCUUCUCAACAAUGGCAAGCUGAAUCCCACAACGCUUAAAGUCAACAAUGUGAAGGGCAGAAUCAAUGGAAGGAACAUCCAGUGUCAAUUUGAUGCCACAGUACCAGUCUCUACUAACGCCCAAACUAAAGCAGCCACAGACAGUACAAGUUUCUCAAUGUCAGUCUCCACUGGAACUUAUAAUGCCACUUCAGGGGAUCUGGGUAGCCCUGCUUUCCAAAUAACAACUAAUGUGGUAAACCUGAGUAAUGCUAAUGCCACCGUCACCAAUUUGGUUAGUUCCAACUCCACCAACACCACCACCACCACCACCAAACCCCCCACCACCUCUGCUGCUAAUGCAAUUACAAUCCAGCAAUCAAUGAUGCAAGGUUAUCUUUUCCAUAACCUGGCACUGAACCAAAAGGCUAUCCAGUCCUCGGUUGGUGACAGCGUGGGUAUUGCUGGCAAAGCAGUUGAUGGGAGAAGAGAAUCAAGAUAUCAGUUAGGGUCCUGUACACUCACCAAGUCAGAAUCUGAUCCCUGGUGGAGGGUAGACCUGGUAAAUGUGUAUACAAUUGGUGCUGUAAUAAUAACCAAUAGAGCAGAACUGGAAAAUGGACUGGAUGGUGCUGAAAUCUGGAUUGGAAAGUCCGCAGCGAUCAAUGACAUUGAAAGCAUGAGAUGUGCCGUCAUCUCUCAUAUUCCCAGUGGACAGACAUACUACUUUCCAUGUAGCUCCAUGGAGGGACGCUACGUCACUGUGUUUCUACCAGGAAGUGAAAAUGUCCUUAGCAUCUGCGAGGUUGAAGUUUACUAUGGAUACCCAUUACCCAAUGUGGCACUCAAAGGAGAAGCUACCCAGUCAUCUACACUCUCCUUUGCCACUGCGUCCAAAGCCAUCGAUGGCAGACGGAACUCGUUCUAUAGCAAUGGGUUCUGUAGCCACACGGCUGAAGACGAGACCAACCCCUGGUGGAGGGUGGACCUGCAGCGAAGCUUUACAAUCACUGCUGUAAAAGUCACCAACAGAGGAGACUGCUGUGCUGAAAGACUGGAUGGAGCUGAGAUCAGAAUAGGAAACUCACUGGAGAACAAUGGAAACAAUAAUCCCAGGUGUGCUUCCAUCUCACAUAUCAAAGUGGGUAAAACCUACACAUACCGGUGUGAUGGAGGCAGCAUGGAGGGUCGCUUUGUGAACGUGUUUCUUCCUGGACAAAAGAAGACUCUCACCCUGUGUGAAGUGGAGGUGUAUGCUGCCCCAGCAGGUAGAGCUUUAAGUGACUGGAUCUGA